CAAGGAUGUGUGCACGCGUUCAUAAUACGCGCACAUAAACGUAUCCAUCGUUGUAUUCAAGAGUUGUAAUUAUUAGUAAUAAUAAUGUUUGUAUGUACGAAGUUGUCUGAGUCUAUGUAAUAUAGUUAGGCUGUAGGAAGGCUCAUACUAGGAAUCUAUUAUUACACUGGGUCGCUGGUUUAAACUCACAUCAGUCGGUCUUGGCAUCGCAAGCCGUGAGAACGCCUCGUCGUACACCUGAGCCGGCAAGAACCGCGCAUAACGCGUUCAGUCUCCUCUCGAACCGGCUCUUCGUUUGUUCGUUCGUUCCUUCAUUCCUUCCUUCCUUCCUUUCUUAUUUAUUCUUUGUCCUCAACAGGGACUACUAUUUCUCUUUUUCACACCAAGUCGAAUUAUUAGUAACAAACAUACGUUAUUAGAAAGACGUGGUCAAGAUGCCGUACUACGGCGACACUACACCUUAUUAUUAUGGAGGGGCAUUUUCUAAUCAUAGUUCUCUUAUGACUGGAAUACCACGAAGUUUCCACAAUCCGCUGUCGUCAACGAGAUUCGCGCCACACCUGUCGACGAUCACGGAAUCGUCGUUGAGCAAUUUACGACGUUAUUCACCGGUGACAACAGCGACUACUCGGGUGAGACGAGUAAUCGAUACUGCAGAUAUCGAUGUAUCAACACCGAGAACACUAUCGUCGAGAGACGAAAAUCGGCAAAGGGGUAAUAAUCGGCUUCGACGUGAUAGACCAACGAUUAAAAUAAGAUCGCAAGCUUUGAAAGAUAAUCCGGCAUUGCGUGAGCACAAUGAGAAACACGAGAAAAGCGUGGGCGAGUUGUUGGUUGAAAAAUUCUUGAUAAAGGAUAAAAAAUCUUCCGAGGAUGAAGAAACUCGAACGAGACUUUAUCAUCAGGUCAGUCUUGAUCGAGGAAACAAUAUACAGGAUAUCCAAUCGAUGCAAGGAAGGAUAACUCGAAGGAUGACAAGGAGAAGAUCAUCGGCCGAUAUUCAAUUAGAUGCGGAACAAAUUCAACGAGAAGUUGCUUAUGCUCAAGUCCAAGCAAAAGUUUUGGAUAAUUUAGUAGCCGAGGAACAAGCUGAGAUCGAGGAUGAAGUUCGUAGAGGUACUUUGAUCAGGAAAGGUGUUAUCAGAGGUCAUAGAUCAAUUUCAUCUUUUUUCGACGACAGCGAGGAAUCUGUAGAGUCUACUAAAGAUGAGGACAAUGAGACUGCAUCUAAGGUAAAGAAAACUUUUAAGAAGAUAAAAAAGAAGAAAAAGGUUCUGGAAAAACCAUCGCCUACUGAGGAUGAGGAAAAGGAAGAAGACGAUGCGAUUGAAGUUAAACGAUCUGAUAGUAUUCGUUCUAACGAAGAAACGAUUAACUUAGAAGACCCGAAGAAAGAUGAAAAUCAGGAGGCAAAUAAACCCGAAAAGUCUGUUUAUAAAAUCGAAGCGUCCAACAGUGUCGGUGAUUUGUCGACAAUUUUGGUUAAUGCAAUUUCGGAUAAUACGGAGGAAAAAGCAAGUAUCGAACAAUUCAGAGAAAGCAUUAGGAUUCCUGUUCCCAGAAAAGCUUUGGCUAACGUUAAGCAAACUGGGGGCGUUGCCACGGUACCAGAAAAUGGUAUCAUCGAUGAAACUGAAACUAAAAUCGUGUUGCCAGUUCGUAAACCCUAUAUCAAAGAUACAUCGAGGAAUAGCGUAUAUCUUACAUUAAAAACUCACGAUAAAGAAAAGAAAAAGGUUGACGUUAAGGACGUUGACGUUUCAAUUCAACGGAAAAUGACUAACGGUGUCGAUGCACUCUCGAAAAAAGAUUUAUUGAAGAUUCGAGUAAGGGAUACUUUACAAAAAGUUUUAGAAAUUGGUAAUGAAACUAACGAGAACACUUCUCCAUUAGAUAAAUCAUUGAAACUUAACGACGAAUCUAAAAACAAAGUCGCAUUACCCGAAACAAAAAUUGAUAAAAGUAAAAAUAUAGAAAAGUUAAUUAAUGAUAAAACGGAUUUAAAGGACGAUGUACAUAUAAAAAAAAAUAAAAAGGAUACGACUACGACGACGACGACGACAACGUCGAAUGACGAUAACGUCGAAGUUAAAACGAUUAAAAUAGAUAGUUCGGAAAAAAAGAAAUCGAUUACAGCAAUCGAUAAAAGCUCGGAGACAUUGAAAGAAAAAAUAGACGAUAUGAAGCGUAAAAAGGUCCUUGAUAAAACGGACGAAUGUAAAUCAAUAGUUCGUAAAGAUAUCAUCGAGGAUGAGAAAAAGGAAGAAACGAAAAACGAUAUUAUCUUGUCGGGUAUCGAACAUACGGAUAAAAAGAAGAUAUUGAAUAAAAUAGAAAAUAAUAAUUCAUCGAUAAAUAAUAAAGGGAUUGUUAUCCGUAAUGAUACGGUUGAAAACAGCGCCGCGGUGUCGUCGGUGCUUACACCGAAGGCAUCGUGGCUGCCAAAACCGUCUAAAAUUAAUACGGAUGAAAAUAAUGCCGUAGAAGCGCCAGAGCUUUCGUUACGAGCACCACCAGAGUACCUGGCAAAUACACCAAAAAUUGAAAAUCUCGAGGACGGAGGUACGUCAUUAGCAAAAAAUACGAUAGAUAAAGGGGAAACCUUGAAGAGGAUUCCUCGUGAGAAGAGAACCGAUGAGACCAAUUUAAUUAUUACCGUUGAUGCGAAAUCGAACGCAAUUGAUUCGGUGAUUGCCAAGUCCAAGGACGGUGAGAUUCGUGGAAUGAAAUUAAAUGCGAAUAAUAAGGAUUUCGUAUCGAAUAACACUAAGGACGAUUUAAUAAAGACCGGAGACAAGAGUAAAUCCGCUAUGGCGGGGAGAAAUACGAAAGAGGUCGACGGCACGAUGACGACGACCGUUUUAUCGCGAAACAUGCCAACGGAUUCGACCUAUACUAACAAAACUGGUGCUACGUUCCAGAACGGUGUAUUGGGUAAAGUCCCAUCCUUGAUAAUAAAACAAAAUACCAAAUUUGUCGCGGAUACUAACGAUAAAUUAAUUAACACGCCGAUUAACGAAAAGAUUGAUGGCGUUUUGAAAAGCGAGUCAAACGAAUCGAUUGAUUUUUGGAGCGAAAUCAAAAGUAACGAAACAGAAAAACGAAUAGAAUCUGUCAAUGAUCCCAAAGUGGAAUCGAUUUCUUCGUCAUCAGCAUCGUCAGCAUCAUCUUCGUCAUCGUCGUCAAUAAAAAGGCAACCGGACAAUAAGGAAAAAGGAAGUGAUCUUAAAAUAAGCAUUGCACCCAGCACUCCGGCAUACUUGUCCAGUAAUAUCACGGCAGCGAUGGUGACGACUACGACUACGACGAUUACGACGACUACGACAACGACUACGAGCUUUCCCGAAAAGCGAAGAACGAUCGCGAAAAGUCCUCUCGACGAGAACAAGCUUAUCAACAAUAAAGAAGAUAUUACAUUAACAAAAGUUCCAAUUGAAAAGAAUAAUAAGGAAACGAUAAUAGUAGAAAAAAAGAAAUUACGUAAGAAAGCAGAUCUUGUGAUUUCUAUACCACCACCACCUCCAUCAAAGGACGUGUCAAAGGACGUGUCAAAGGAUGUGUCUUCGACCGUUAAAAGAAAAACUCCCCUGAUCAAAGGAAUCGAAUCAUCGGAUAAGAAUUCAUCUUCAACAGUGUCAUCAUCCUCAACGCCAACUCAAUUGCAAUCGGAACUUUCUACACCGGUCAACGAGAUCUCGUUACCCAUAAUAAACGUUGUCGGAGUAUUGGAAGUGACAUUAACCAAUGAUCAAAUUGAAAAACCUGAGAUAGACGAAGAAGAUGAGAGUCCUAGCACACCUACCAACGAAUGGACCAAUUCGACUAUCUCACUGAUCUCAAAAUGGGGCAAUCAAGACGAUCUUUCUAAUGGAGAUGAUAAUGAGAAAACAAUGACACCGGCAUCAUCGAAUGAAGCCAGUCUCGUAGCGACACCCAACGAUAGUAAACAAAGUAGUCCGGAAUCUUCGAAGAUAAAGAAAAAAAUAGUUAAGAAAAGAAAAUCUAGUUCUAAAAUGGCUCCCAACGAAGAGGACAAAAAUGAGAAAAAUGAGAAAAAGGAUAGCAAAGGAUCGCGCAACGAAACGAUAUCAAAGACUCGUCAAGAAGGAACGAACACUUUGAAACCACCGGAAAGUAGAUCGUCGCCAAGAUUAAGUCCUAAGAACUCGCCUACUCAGAGACCGAUCGAUUUAAUAAGAAUGUUUUAUACUACACCAUCUGCUUUACUCACGGCCACGCCAAGAGAUCUUUCAAAAGUAAAACGUGCUAAGAUCAAAAGAAGGAGACAUCAGUCGCGAACACCAUCUGUGAGUAGCGACAGUACCGGAAGUACAGCCAGUACUGCUACUACCGGUAGCACCGAUGGUAGCAGUGCAUCAACCUGCACCGAAUUGGAUGACGAUCCGGAACACAAGAGGAUGGCUUCGACCAGAAGCAACGACUCUGGAUUCGACGGUUCGCCAAGAAUUUCCAAUUGCGAUAUGGCCUGUCAUAAAAAGUGUGAAAAACUCACAGGGAAUCUUUGCGGAUUGAAUCAAAAACUCGUUGCCGAAGCUUUGCAAGCUCUUAAAAAGGCUCCGUCGCAAUCGUUGGAAAACCAAAGGAACACGGAUACGUCGGAUCAUUUUCCAAGUGGUCGUAUUACACCACCGGCAAUAAAUCUGCCAAGAUUCAAAAAGUACGCCGUGACGGAUUUUAACUUUCUCAAAGUCUUGGGUAAAGGAAGCUUUGGUAAAGUAUUACUAUCAGAAUUACGUGGCACGGAAUGCGUUUAUGCUGUUAAAUGCCUGAAAAAGGAUGUCGUUCUCGAAGAUGAUGACGUCGAGUGUACGUUGAUCGAACGUAAAGUUCUUACAUUGGCUACCAGGCAUCCAUAUCUUUGCCACCUCUUCUGUACUUUCCAAACGGAUUCGCAUCUAUUUUUCGUCAUGGAAUAUCUCAACGGAGGUGAUUUAAUGUUUCAUAUACAAAAAUCUGGCCGAUUUCCCGAAAUUCGUGCACGUUUCUAUGCCGCUGAAAUUUGGUCCGGCUUGAAUUUUUUACAUAAGAAGGGUAUCGUUUAUCGAGAUCUUAAACUCGAUAACGUUCUCUUAGACUUUGAAGGACACAUUAGGAUAGCCGAUUUCGGUAUGUGCAAAUUACAAAUAUUCCUGGACAGAACCGCCGACACCUUCUGUGGGACACCAGAUUAUAUGGCACCUGAGAUUAUAAAAGGAUUGAAGUAUAAUCAAGCUGUGGAUUGGUGGUCGUACGGAGUAUUGUUAUAUGAAAUGUUAACGGGACAAUCACCGUUUUCCGGUUGCGACGAGGACGAAUUGUUUUGGAGUAUUUGUAAUGAGAGACCUUUCAUACCUCGAUAUCUAAGUCAAGAAGCAACGGAUAUUCUAGUCUUGUUGCUAGAAAAAGAUUCUGGAAAGAGGCCGCCCGCUCACGAAAUUGCAGUACAUCCUUUCUUCCAGUCUUUGCCUUGGGACCGGCUGGAAAGGAGACAACUUGAACCUCCGUUCAAACCAGCUUUAGAACAUACCUUGGAUACCAAAUAUUUCGACACGGCGUUCACAGCUGAAAGACCACGACUCACGCCUAUACCCGAACAAAUUUUAUCUUCGAUGGAUCAAGGUGUUUUUCGUGGAUUUUCAUAUACAAAUCCAAACGCAACUGACUGAUAUACGAAAGAAUUUGUUAGAGAUUUUAUAUUCUUCGCAUUCAACGUUAUUCCAGUCUUCUCGAUUAUUUAUUAAAGAGCAAGGUUGGACGUUAGGAAAUUUCUUUUCGAAAGAAAUCAUAAAAUUAAAGAACGAUCGCGUUUAGACGGGUGUAAAAUUGUCCAGAAGAUUUUCUUUGCGUUAUAACACCCACGAGAAUCGUUUCUUCUAUCGUGAAAUUCUUUUAUUAAAUGUUCUUACAAUUAGACGAACGCGAGAUGAUACAUAUGUUAGUAUAAUAUAUGUCGGGAUUAGAAAUUUGAUCUUCAUCUUUUUUUAAACGUAAGUAACGUCGGACACAUUAUACGAUGGAUCGUUUAUCGACUUUAGUCACAAUAUGAUAUAUUAGCAUAGUCAUUAGCAAAGGAAUAUACGAUUUUUGUUCCUUUUUUACACUGAUAUAAUGAGUUUUAUCUGUAUUCCGUAAUAAGUUUGUUUCGUUUAAUAAUCCUAAAAAGUAUUGAAAUUAACUUACAAACGCAUAUAUUGCUAUAACAAUAUAUAAACAUGUUAAGAAGAAAGUACAAGAAACUCGAAUGAUUUCAAUAUUCGUUCGUUGUCGUCGAGUUUCCGGAGAUGCAUAAUUAUCCAACUGUCAUACGAUUAUUAUAACGCUUGGCUUCACUUUACCGUAGCCAAGUUAUUAAUAUCGGAGUACCUUAUUAGACAGAGUCUCGAGUCUUUAAACUUGUUUGCUAUCAUUUUUGUCUUUAUUCACGAAAAUAUUUGUUGUUAUUACUUACUUCCGAAAUUUACAUGUAUUUAUUAUUUCUAUAAUUUGAUCUCAUCUAAAAGCUUUGUUUUCACUUUCUUUGCAAUACAUCAAGUUGAUGAUGUUUUCUCCUAUAGAUUCAUCUCCCACUCACACUUUUCUUUCAUACUCUCUUCGUUUGGCCGACAACUUAUCCUUUUCCCUCUUCAGUCUUCCGCUCGUACAUUUAGCUUCUCGCAAACUACGCGCUAAUUUUAGACCGCCAAGGAAUUGGCAAAUUGGCAUAAGCUUCCGAACCGACAGACUCUGUUUCUUCUUCCUUUUCUCUCUUUUUCUUCUUUAUCUCUAUAUUUUACUCGCUUCCUCUUUCUUUCAUUUACUUUCUUUUACUUUCUUUCUAAAUCAUGAAAAAAACAUAGGGGAAAAAAAAGUGUCAUCUGGAAACAUUUGUCAGACGCGAAGAAAGAAUUAAAAUGAACGUUUUAAAAUAUUUCUGAAAUAUUCUAUCUAUUAAGAAAAUAUGUAGUAAAACGUAUCUUGUGAUCAGACAUACAUACAUAUAUAUAUAUAUAUAUAUAUAGUAUAUAUCUAUUUAUAUUUAUAUAUAAACAAAUUUUAAAUGUUGAGAAAAGCGUUUCGAUUCGCGCGAGAUCGAAAGUAAAAAAGAAAUAAAAUGAAAACAAUGCGCAUCGCGUUACGCAGAUAUAAAAGUCUCGAAGAUAAUUUUAGAACGAUUCUUUCGUCCUAAUGCAAUUCGUAACACCUGCGCGUUGUUUCGUGCUACCGUGAUAGUAGUACUGUCGUCGAAUUUUCACGAAUGAAUAAAUAAGAAAUAAAUAAAAGCGACAAUUAUAUUUAUAAUA